AUGAAGUUCCUCACUAUUUCCACUGUCAUUUCAGUGCUUGUGACUUUUACCGUUGCUGCUCCAAUCGUUCUUAAAAAAAGGGGCUGGGAUUACUCUACUGAGACGAUCAAGGGUGUUAAUAUUGGUGGAUGGUUAGUUUUAGAACCAUACAUUACUCCUUCGCUUUUUGAAAGUUUUGGUUCCGAUCCUCCUGUUGAUGAGUACCAUUAUACUCAACAAUUGGGAAAAGACGAGGCAUCUAGUAGAUUGCAAGAGCAUUGGUCUAACUGGAUCAACGAGACCGAUUUUCAAUAUAUUGCAAAUAUGGGUCUCAAUAUGGUUCGUAUUCCUAUUGGAUACUGGGCAUUCGAGCUUAUGGACGAUGAUCCUUAUGUUCAAGGACAAGAGGAUUAUCUUGAUCAAGCUCUUGGCUGGUGUGAAAAAUACGGAUUGAAGGCUUGGAUUGACUUGCACGGUGCUCCAGGCUCCCAAAACGGUUUUGAUAACUCUGGAAUCAGAGAUCAGAUCAACUGGCAAGCUUACCCAGAAAAUGUACAAGUCACCUAUGACGUGUUAAAUCAAAUUGCUUCAAAGUACUCAAACUCUACUUACAGCGAUGUUGUUAUUGGUAUCGAGUUGCUUAACGAGCCUUUGGGAUCUUCCUUGGAUCUUGACCAGCUUAAGGACUUUUACAGCCAGGGUUACGAUAUUGUCAGAGAUCAGGGUGAUAUUCCUGUUGUUAUUCAGGAUGCUUUCCAGGCUGACAGCUACUGGGACGAUACUUUGAACACAGAUCAGAAUUCCAGCGUCUACAAAGUGAUUGUCGAUCAUCAUCACUACCAGGUGUUCUCUACAGAUGAGCUUGAGAGAGACCUUGACACACAUAUUCAGACCGUAUGCUCUUGGGGUGAUGCUGAGGGAGAUGAAUAUCACUGGAACGUCUGUGGAGAAUGGUCCGCUGCCCUCACCGACUGUGCCAAAUGGCUUAAUGGUGCUAGCAGGGGUGCUAGAUAUGACUCUAGUUACCUAGGUGGUGACUACAUAGGCUCCUGUGAUAGCCUCUACACUUACGAUGCUGACUAUUGGACUGACAGCGACGUUAUCAGCAAGUACAGACAGUACGUCGAGGCUCAAAUGGAUGCAUUCAAUCACUCUAAAGUGAGUGGAUGGGUAUUCUGGUGUUGGAAGACUGAAAGUGCCGUCGAAUGGGACUUUCAAAGAUUGGCCGGACUUAACAUCAUUCCUCAGCCAUUGAGCGAUAGAUGGUUCCCUAACCAGUGCGGCUACUGA